AUUUAAGCCAAGUACACACUAACUUGCAUCUUUAGUUUAUCAAUCAUCAUCGAGGCACAUGAGUUGUGAUAUCGUCACAAGCCUAGUUACCUUUUCAUCUUCUUGCCUCUUUUUACUUUCGAGACUUCUUCAUCUGAUGUUAGGUUAGAUUGACAACUAACCCUUCAUUCUUGUCCUGUUGUCAAUCACUUUUCCCUUUUGGUUAUAACCGUAUGCAUUCUUAUUUGUCAGGUUCUUGAAGGCUUCGAGAUUUCAACACCAUUCUAUUCAGUCCAUUCAUUCAUUCAUUAAUCACUACCCAACUAUUCAACCAAGCUUCGAAUACCUCGUCGUUCCAUUUCACUUUCUAAAAACCUGCCUGCCUACUUUCUGGAGUAAAACCUGCGAUUUUCAUCCGCGACACCCGACUUCCAUAUUCAUUUACUCCCGACGAACCCGAUCGCGUCAGCGAACCAAAUCGAAUCCUUCUCCGUCAACAUGAAAUUCUCAACAAUAUCGACAGCAGAUGCUGCACUACUACUUUCUCUUCUCCUCGCUCCCUUACCUACAGAUGCGAUGUUCAGGUGCAAUAAUGUUGUUGCUAAAGGCCAACCAUUUAAUCUCGAGAAGUUGGGUGGUCCACACUCUGUCGUAACAAGUCGCAUCAUAGGCGAAACUUCACACAAUACAACCUAUACCGUCGAUAUUUGUCGCCCUCUUAAGAAGAAAGGUGACGUAAAGAAGGAUGAACAGUGUCCUAACGGCUCUCGAGUUUGCGCCAUCAAACGUUUAGGUGAUACCUUCGAAAAAGCUAUUCCCAUCGCCGGUGAUCUAGAGAAUCACGGAGGUCAUCCUUUAGAUUCCGAAAUAACGCGACUUGACAACUCGGAUACGGGUAAACAAGGAUUACUCGUCGUAUUGAAGGGUGGCAUCGAUCGAACAGAUAGCGGCCAUAAACGAGACCAGAAAGCUAUUAUAGAAUUCCUCUGCGAUAAAGAUCGAAAUGGAACCGAAGGCGAGUACGAUCCCACGGAUGAUAAAUACGAAUCCAGUGAUGAUCCCCUUAUGGCUCGAGCCACGAACCCUUUACUAUUCCGAGCCGAUGAUGACGGGGAUAACGGAGACGAUGGAGGUGACGGCAAUGACGGCAAUGACGGCGACGAUGGCGAGACACCUAAGGAGGUUCAACUAGGUAUUAAGAAUGAUCCUAGCUUGAUAUUUAGAAGCUACGCACCUUCAGAAGAGGACCCAGAAGUAGAUGUGCUACGUUUAACCUGGUUAUCCAAAUAUGCUUGCGAGAAGAGAGAUGAUAAUGGAUCUGAUGACGGCCCCGAUGAAAAGCCAAGUCCACACUGGGGAUUUUUCACUUGGCUCGUUAUUCUCGUCUUCCUUGGCACCGCGGCAUACCUCAUCUUUGGUUCUUGGCUCAACUAUAACCGAUACGGAGCUCGAGGUUGGGAUCUUAUCCCACACGGCGACACCAUUCGCGAUAUUCCCUACCUACUUAAGGAUUGGACUAGGAGAGUACUUAACACAGUACAAGGAAGCGGAAGUCGUGGAGGUUACAGUGCUGUUUAAUCGUGGGGAGUAUAUUACAGAAAAGGGUCAUGCUUGGCUUGCUUUCACAAGAUCGAUUUGAUGUCUUGGUGGAGGAGUCUAGCCCCUCGGCGUUUGAUGGUGAUUUGGGUUGGUCUAUGACCAAAGUGUAUUGCGGUUCCUUGUAUCAUAGGUAGGGGAUUGGAGAGGAUUAAUACAGUUUCUACAUUCCAUGUCGUACGAAGGCUAUUUUAGUAUACUAGGCUGUAUUCGUGCGACCAUGGACGUCACUAGCUCUGACUAGUCGCAGACUCAGCCCUGUGCUAUUCCGUUAAGUCAGUGCAUAUGGUUUUUCAUUCUAUGAUCACUUGUGGUGAGCCAGGCCGACGCCGGAAUUCACUUGAUCGGAACUCCACGUUGAUAAAUGAGAUCUAGGCUUGCGGACAGAUACCGAUAUAGUAUACUAUAACCUAACAUUAGGAGCUCCUCUAGUCAAGGGGAAAGGGAGAAGGUCUGGAUAAUUGAUGUUCACGUAGAUUAGGGUCUCUAGAAGCAAAGAAUGGACG